ACUAUUGUCAACUGCAGUUCAGAGGGGCAGAAAAAUCAGAGGUGGAGAAGGAAACGAGCAGUGAGCUCACAAAAAGGCAGUGCUGAUAAAAGUUUGUGCUAUUCCUGCAUCUGGACAUUUGGAGAAACAGAAGCUAUGAAGCAGCAGGCCAUAGUUUGCCUCUUGAUGUGGCUCACUUUUGAGCCUGCUUCAUGCAUGCAUAUCCGGACUCCUCAAGGCUCCAUGGUGGAACUGCCCUGUUACUCAUCAGAAAGUGACAUACCUGGAGCAAAAAUUACCUGGACAUUUAAUGGACAAAACAUUAGUGACACUGCCCUGUCACCUGGCUCAGCAAAACAUGUGAAGAAUGGUUUUUACAUCUCUAUAUCUGCUGUAUCUACUGCCAGCGAGGGCGAGUAUGUGUGUGUGGCAGUGUGGGAACAAGGAGAGGUGACGACUACGUACAGCCUCACAGUUGAGUCUUUUCACACCACUGUUAAGGUGACUGAGGCCUUGAAUGCGUACCUCCCAUGUUACUUACCAUCUUCCAGCGAAAAUGGUAACAUCUCUAAUGCACAGUGGUUCAAAGAAAGCGGUGUGGGUAAAAAAACGAGACUAAACACAGAGGAGGACGACUCCAGAGAUGCAAAAAUUGAACUGCUUUUACCAAAUGAACAAGAUCAGACCAUCAUGAUCAAAAAAAUUGACAUGGGGGAUGCUGGGGUUUACAUCUGUGAAUCUGCUGAAGGGGAAAGGCUAAACUCGUUACGACUUGAAGUUGAAGCUCUUCCCAAAUAUUCGUGCAAAGACCUAAUCGAAGAGCUGGAGCCCUGCCAGGAGGAAAACAGCCGAACAGCUGAACCCAUACUGCGAGAAUCUCUGACAGAAUUUUCAAUGAAGCUCUAUUCCUACCUGAAACAAGAUGAGUCUUUGAGCAACAUACUCUUCUCUCCAGUCAGCAUCAGCGCCAUACUCUCUCACCUGUUGUUAGGUGCAAGUGGCAACACCCGCAUAGCUCUGGAGAGAGCUAUCUGUGUGCCUCACAACUUCAACUGCAUUCAUUUCCAAAUGAAGAAGCAGAAAGAGAGGAUGGGGCAGUCCUUGCAGAUGGCUUCCCAGAUUUACUAUAACUCAAAAAUGAAUCUGAGUGAGUCCUUUCGUAGACAGUCUGUUGAGCACUACGGGGCAGAACCUACAAAACUGCUGGCAUCCAGUGAGGAAAACAUGAGAAUGAUUAACGGCUGGGUGGCAAACAAGACCAACAACAAGAUUACAAGUAUAAUUGAUGAUUUAUCACCUAACACUCAGCUGAUCCUCCUCAACGCCGUGUCGUUCAGUGGUCAGUGGAAGUUUAAAUUUAGUGAGAAGCCAAAGAAAGGAUUUUUUGUGAAAUUCGGUGGGGAUAUGAUAAGGGUGCCACUCAUCCAUCAUUCGAAAUACAUGGUAUCUAUGACGUAUGUUUCUGAACUACAGGCACAGGUUGUGAGGUUUGCUCUCACAGGUGACAACAGUCUCUACAUCCUCCUGCCAUAUGCCAACAAACUGUCUGACCUGCAGCAGACGGAGGACAAGAUGACGGACGCAAAUGUGCGUCGAAUGAUAGGUCUAGUAAACGCAGUCUCUCCCCAGAACAUGGAAGUCACUCUACCCCAAGUCAAGCUGGAUGUGGAGCCAAACAUGAAAAUGCUCAUGAAGAAAUUAGGCUUGUCAACACUUUUUGAGAAGUCCAGCCUGUGUGGCCUAUCCUCAAACGACAGUCUGGUUUUGGAUGAUGCCAAGCACAAAGCCUUCCUCGCCCUGACUGAACAAGGAGUUGAGGCUGGCGCUGUCACCAGCUUGUCGUUCUCUCGCUCCUUCCCUACCUUCAGUGCUCUCCGGCCAUUCAUCUUGCUGCUGUGGAGUGACCAGGCCGAUGUGCCACUCUUUAUUGGCCGAGUGUUGGAACCAUAAGAAGCAAAAAUGGAGAGAGGCAAAGGAGCAGAAAACAAAUGAUUAAUGGAGUCUGCUCAUCAAAGAGUAAACCAUGCAAGAUAGCAUCAGUAUAUUUCUGAAACCUGAUGCAGUAAGCAGUACCUUUUAAGAAGUACAGUUAAUGUUUAUGUGGUACACUUAUGACAAAUAAAUGAAAAAUACACAUAA